GCAGAGCAUCUGAAAACUGUCCACCGACCCGCGCGCACAGCACAGGCCGCCCGAGGCUCUCCAUAAAAGCUCCCUUGAGCCGCGCGUUGGUCCCGACCGAAUCCGAACUCCCCCAGAGUCUCCCUCCCUUCCCAGACCCGUCGCUACCCGCAGCGGCGCGCCACACACACACACACACACACCGUUUCCGACGUCUUCUUGACAAUCCCAAGCAACGACCCUGCGUUGAUUAAACUGACCAGAGGGAACCCCGUGCUAGGCCCGCGAGCCUCUUUACUGCCGCGUGCCGCCGCCGGUGGGUGGGGCGCAAUGGCGAGGUACGGCCCCGCGAGGAUGCGGGCGUGCGGGCCGUGGGGCGAGGGCGGCAGCGGCGGCGGCGGCGGCGACGUGGGCGACGCGCUCGAGAAGGAGAUGUCGCGGGACGGCAGCCACUACAGUCUCUCCAGCGGCAUCCUGCCGUCGCUCGGCGCGCGGAGCAACCGCCGCGUCAAGCUCCGCCGCUUCAUUAUCUCCCCCUACGAUCGCCGAUACAGAUUGUGGGAGACUUUCCUUAUAGUUCUUGUAGUCUACUCUGCGUGGGUCUCCCCAUUCGAAUUUGGCUUCAUUCGGAUUCCUACAGGGGGCCUAGCUGCGACCGACAAUGUCGUGAAUGCAUUCUUCGCAGUUGACAUCAUCCUGACCUUCUUUGUAGCUUACUUGAACAGACUGACCUAUUUGCUUGAAGAUGAUCCAAAGAGGAUUGCUUGGCGUUACACUACCAGUUGGUUUGUUCUUGACGUUGCCUCCACCAUCCCAUCAGAAAUUGCUCGUAAGAUGCUACCUUCAAAGCUCAGGACAUAUGGAUUCUUUAACAUGCUUCGUCUAUGGCGUCUGCGGAGAGUCAGCUCUCUAUUUGCUAGAUUGGAGAAGGAUAGACACUUCAAUUACUUCUGGGUUCGAUGUGCAAAGCUCAUUUGUGUCACACUUUUUGCUGUGCACUGUGCAGCAUGCUUCUACUAUCUUAUUGCUGAUAGGUAUCCCCACCCAAGGGACACGUGGAUUGGCAAUACCAUGCCAGAUUUUCAUUACCAGGGUUUGUGGAUUCGCUAUGUAACAUCAAUAUAUUGGUCAAUCACCACACUUACCACUGUGGGAUAUGGGGAUUAUCAUGCGGAAAACAUAAGGGAGAUGAUUUUCAACAUUUUCUACAUGUUCUUUAACCUUGGAUUGACUGCUUAUUUGAUCGGAAACAUGACCAAUUUGGUUGUCCACGGCACCAGCCGUACUCGGAAAUAUAGAGAUACAAUUCAAGCAGCAACCAGUUUUGCCCUAAGGAAUCAGUUACCAACACGGCUGCAAGAUCAGAUGAUAUCACAUCUUAGCUUAAAGUUCAGGACAGACUCAGAAGGUCUUCAACAACAAGAGACUCUUGAUGCACUGCCUAAGGCUAUCAGAUCUAGCAUUGCUCAAUAUCUGUUUCUUACUCUGGUUCAAAAAGUUUACUUAUUUGAUGGAGUCUCUAAUGAUCUGAUUUUUCAACUGGUUUCGGAGAUGAAGGCUGAAUAUUUUCCACCAAGGGAGGAUGUGAUUUUGCAGAAUGAAGCACCCACUGACUUCUACAUUUUAGUUUCUGGUAGUGUGGAGUUUGUUGAGUUGCAAAAUGGUGUGGAACAGGUGGUGGGAGUGGCUAAGUCAGGAGAUGUUGUUGGAGAAAUUGGCGUUCUUUGCUAUAGGCCUCAACUAUUCACAGUCCGAACGAGAUCCUUAUGUCAGCUUCUACGCAUGAAUCGUACCACCUUUCUCAGCAUUGUUCAAUCCAAUGUUGGAGAUGGAACUAUCAUAAUGAACAACCUUAUUCAGUUACUAAAAGAUCAGAAAGACAACAGUGUAAUGGUUGGUGUUCUGAAGGAGAUUGAGAACAUGCUAGCUCGGGGUCGUCUGGAUUUGCCAAUUACACUCUGCUUUGCAGUAACAAGAGGAGAUGACCUUUUGUUGCAGCAACUACUUAAGCGUGGUUUAGAUCCAAACGAGACAGAUAACGAUGGGCGUACAGCACUGCAUAUAGCUGCUUCCAAAGGAAAUGAGCAGUGCAUCAGGCUUCUAUUAGAUUAUGGAGCUGAUCCAAAUGCCAGGGAUCCGGAAGGAAAGGUUCCGCUAUGGGAGGCUGUGUAUGCAAAGCAUGAUGCAGUUGUGCAGCUGUUACUCGAGGGUGGUGCAGAUCUAUCAUUGGGCGAUACAGGAUUAUAUGCUUGCAUCGCAGUUGAAGAAAACAACACAGAGCUGCUCGAGGAAAUACUCCGUCAUGACGGAGAUGUAAACAGACCGGCCAAAGAUGGAAACACUCCGCUGCACCGUGCUGUCUGUGAUGGAAAUGUUCAGAUGGUUGAGUUGUUGCUGGAACACGGAGCUGACAUCGACAAGCAGGACAGCAACGGUUGGACACCAAGAGCUCUAGCUGACCAACAAGGCCAUGAAGAGAUACAGCUCCUAUUUAAACAACGGAAAGCGCCAAGAAAGUACACCUCAAAUGGCAGGGUGACUCCUAUGCUGAUAGGCAGGUUCAGCAGUGAUCCCUCAAUGCCAAAUGUGAUCCGUGAAGAUUCAGAGCUACCUCGCAAAGUUCUUACACAGAAGCUCCUCAAGAGGAAAGUUAGCUUUCAGAACUCCCUUUUCGGUGUCAUCUCUUCGACUCAUCCACACCGAGACACUGACCAUAUACUCUCAAGAGGUCUUGCAGCAACAGGUAGUCCCAAUUAUCACCAAGCCCGUCAGAACUCACUCAUCAGGGUGACGAUCAGCUGUCCCGAGAAGGGGAACGCUGCUGGGAAGCUUGUGAUCCUACCGCAGUCGAUGAAGGGUCUUCUUGAGCUAGGUGCGAAGAAGUUUGACUUCACCCCUGCUAAGGUCCUGACAACCGAGGGUGCUGAGAUUGACGAGGUUGAGCUCAUCAGAGAUGGUGAUCAUAUUGUUCUUGCCAGCGAUGACUGGGUGCCAGAUGUUGCACAAAUAAGAUGUAAAAAUACGUGAGAGAAGUUGUGUUUUCUGGUUCACUAUAAUUUGGGUAAAGGGGGGAAGGUUGCCCAUGUGACGAAAGCAAAUGAUGAAAGAAAAACUGGAAACCACCAAUGGCUACUCAACUAGAUGGUGAAUUUUGGUCAUGUACGGCAGGUAAAUGUAUAGCAUCAAAUUGAUAUGCUAUAUAUUGUUUAGAAAAUUGUAGUUAGAAAUUUUGUAGGUUCUUUUUCUUUUGUUGUAAAGGCUGUCCGGAGAAAGGAUAGGGCUAUCUAACUUUGUUGUUGUUAUUAUAGCCCUCACGAUUGUUCAAUUCUACUUAUGAAAUCUACGGGGUACUCUCUCUGAUCCUAAAUUGUUGACUCAAAUUUGCUCGAAUAUGAAUGUAUCUAUUAUUAAAAAGCGUCUA